AUGCGUGGUGGGCGAAUAGCCUGGCAGAACUUCCAAUUCAUCGGUUAUGGUGAGCCUCGACCGCAUCUGGACCACCGGACACGUCUUUCUACGAUCAGUAGUGAGGCGAUGACACAACUUUACAUGCCAACGAAUCAAGAUUCUUGGGCAAGCACGCAAAAGAAAAUCCACAGCCUCGAUACCCAACUGGUGGAUUGGGAGCAAAAUCUCCCAGAAGACCUUAGUCUAGAUAGCGGAAUGGCUACCAACGACGACCCUCGUGCAAAGAUCGACUUGCUCUUAUAUUACUGCAGUAUCAAGAUGAUCAUACACAGGCCUUGCCUAUGCCAUAUCUAUAUUCCAGCCGAGUCGGAAGCUUCGAAACAGUUCAACAGCAACAGCGCCAGGGAUUGUGUUCAAGCUGCCUGUGCAUUGGUCGACAUCCUACCAGAAGACCCGACUGCUCAUGAAGCAUACCAGCUAUUGCCAUGGUGGAACCUCCUACACUACCUUGGUCAAGUGCUGAGUGUUUUCAUUCUCGAGCUUUGCCUGAAAACGGAACAUUUUGGCGGCUCGGCACCCCUGCUUAUCCACCCGGUACGGAAGGCUAUGUCGUAUUUGUGUUGUCUCACUAGCGGCUCAUUAUCAUCGUACAAAGCGUUCAGAAUAUUCCGCCAGAUGCUGACGGUUCUCAGCUCUCGUGGCGAUGGUUUCGACGACGACAGGAUCCCACUUGAGCCAUGUGUGCCUGAAGGCUGGACACAAAGGCACGAGACAGCGCUCAUGGACGCACUUAGACCGUUGAGAGUACAUGGAACUCAAAAUCGACUUGGUGAGAUCGAGAAAGUCGAGAAGUAG